CUGCGCACGCGCGGCGCCGCGUGACCUCCCUCCGAGGAGGAAGCGCGGGGUGCGAUGGCGGCGCUGAUGGCUAGGCUCAGCCGGGGCUGCCCGGGCCUCCGCGCCGCUUCGCGCUUUCCCCUCGCCUCUGUCGCCGCCGCGCCGCCGCUGCACCGCCCCUCAGCGCCGCCGGGACCCCCGCGGUCGCUCAGCUUUUCGGCGGCAGAACUGGUGCGCGCCGCGCCGGGUCCGCUGCGUCCCUACCUGCGCCUCAUGCGGCUGCAUCAGCCCGCGGGUACGUGGCUGCUAUACCUGCCAUGCACCUGGAGCAUCGGACUUGCGGCCGAGCCGGGCUGCCUCCCGGACUGGCACAUGCUGUCCCUCUUCGGCGUUGGAGCAGUGCUUAUGCGUGGAGCUGGCUGCACCAUCAAUGACAUGUGGGACCGCGACUAUGACAAAAAGGUUGUGAGGACAGCAAGUAGGCCCCUGGCAGCUGGAGACAUCUCCACUUUUCAGUCCUUUGUUUUUCUUGGUGGACAGCUUAGCUUGGCUCUUUGUGUGCUUAUGUGCCUGAAUUACUAUAGUAUCUUUCUGGGAGCAGCCUCUUUAUCCCUUGUGAUCACCUACCCACUGAUGAAGAGAAUAACAUACUGGCCGCAGUUAGUUCUGGGACUUACAUUUAAUUGGGGAGCCCUUCUUGGCUGGUCUGCCAUCAAAGGGUCAUGUGAGUGGUCUGUGUGCCUGCCCUUGUAUCUAGCUGGAGUAAUGUGGACACUGGUAUAUGAUACCAUUUACGCACAUCAGGAUAAGAGGGAUGACAUCAUCAUUGGUGUGAAGUCAACAGCAUUACAAUUCAAGGAGGAUACAAAGCAGUGGCUUAGUGGCUUCAGUCUUGCAAUGCUUCUGAGUUUGUGCAUGGCAGGGAUGAAUUGUGACCAGACGUUCCCAUAUUACUCAGCUGUGGCUGCCAUAGGGGCUCACCUUGCGCAUCAGAUUUACACUUUGGACAUAGACAAACCUGAAGACUGUUGGAAGAAAUUUGCUUCAAAUCGUACUGUAGGAGUUCUGCUUUUCAUAGGGAUUGUGCUUGGAAAUCUGUGGAAACGAAAAGACUCAGAAAAUCUAGAAGGACCUUUAGAAGACAGGUAGUUGAAAUUACUGUAAAUACUGGUAUUUUAGUCCAACUAAAAUGUAAGUACUGUAAGAAAGAGAACACUUCUGAUAACUGUAGCUGCUUUAUACUGUUUAUUUACAAAAGCCAGUGAAACUGUUCUUGUUUCUAAAAACAUACAAAUGAGAUUAUCAUACAAUGUGAGUUCUGAUUACCCUUAAAUGACUUCAACCUCCACAGAAGCUUCAACAAGUUAAGCUGCCCUGCUGGUCUUGUGUAGUACUAGCAAACUUCUGUCAAGCUCUUAAGGCUGCAAAACCAAGAUUUUAUAUGAAACAGAUGUCUCUAAAUGACGGUACAUGGGAAAAUACAGUGUGAUUUCAGGAUGUAAAUAAAAUCUGGCUGUACAUGUUUGAUGUUCUGAUUUAUUGCGUAUGUAAUUUUCAACUUAAUUUGGAGCUUGUGUGAAAGAAUCUCGAUAGAAGUUUUUAUUGUGAGAAUGUCUAGAAGCAGUCAGGCCUCUGUGAGUGUAUGAGGUCCAGAAUAAGAAGUUAAUAGAGAAGUGUUUAAAAUUACCUUGUGCUUUUGCUAUGAUUGCUGACACCGUUUCCUUUUCACAUGAAAAGGACAGGCUUCUGCAAAGGUACUGGCACAGAGUGAGGUGAGCUCGUUUAUCAAGAAUGAUUUGGACAGGAACUACUGACUUUCAAGAAACGAAACCAGAACAGCUCAGCUGUUACCAAGUGUGCAUGACUGAGCUACAAAUGGAUCAUGCAAAGUCUGAGCUAAAGCAGAACCAAUUAUCUAACUUUUCAGCUAAGCCUCUUCUAAGUAACUUCAAUUUCUGAAAAUUAAUAACAUGCUUUUCAGACAGUGUCUGCCUCUGCAAGUGAUAAGCCUGAUGUUUAUCACCAAGGUAACGGGACAUUGGUACGUAGAGAGGCCAUUGCUUAUACUUAUUUCUGUGUAAAACAAGGCCAUCCUAGAAUUAGUGGGAUGCACGUGCACCAAGGGGACAGGACAGGUGACCCAAAACUGAUAGAUUAGGUAUUCCAUGCCAUAUAUGUCAUACUCGGUAUAAAGCUCAUGAUCAUGAGGGUCAAGCUCUCUUCUUUGAGAGAUGAUAUUUGGGAUUCACAUUUCCUGGCCAGGACCAAGCUCUAUGGUAUCUGUGUUCCCACUUGCGGUUCCUAUGCCCAGGUGCUGUUUCCAAGUUCCCCUGGUACAUGAGGUAAUGGAAAUAAUGUACUUGUUUGCAUUUUAUCCAUGGCUUUGUGGUUGUUUGUGUGUCCUGCUCACACACCUAUAAACAAUAAGAAUAGCAGCUGCAGGUUAACAACUACAGUGCUCCAAACCAUUCAUGUUUUCAACUGGCUUAUGCCCUGUCAGUUAUCUCAUUUGCACAAUAGUUAGCCUUUUCUUUGACUCAUAGCAUUAAAGAGCUUGUAUGGUGCAUUUUGGAAGGAGCAGCAGACACGCCUGUUCCAGGAAAAUGAUACAAUGGAGUUGACCUCAGUUUACAUGCUGGUAGACAAUGCAGGCAUGCUUUUCUUCACGGGUAGCUUUGUGUAUGCCUUCAUGUGGGGCCAUGGCUUAGUGAUGCAGAGUGUUUGCCAAACUUAUUAUGGUAUUCCAACAACCUUUCCUGAAGUCUGCACUGCUCCUUGAGUGGUGGGGCACAUCUGUGUGUGCAGACAUAUCAAAAAUCAAGCUGCAAACUGCUCUAGUUCUGAAAACGGGUAUCACAGUUUAAGGUUAUUUAAACCAAUAUAUCUGACAGAUAUUGGAGUCCAGAGCUAUGGCUUCAGGGUUUGCUAACUAAUUUGCAUUACCGAUAAUGGGGAACAGGCGAAGAAGUUCCCAUUGCAGUAAAAUGAGGCAGUGUAAAAGUGAGUCAGCGGCUUUAGUCACAGGAAAUCCUUGAGGCUGGAAAAGGCUUCCAUGAGUUCUGAACACUUCUUUUUAACGUACAACUUGUAAAGUUGUUUUUUCUUGUGCUAUUUGAGCAAGUGAUAUCAAAUAUAUUUUGAGCAAACUAGGAAGAGUAGAUUUUUUAGGCUGACUAGGUAUAAGAUGGAAAUACGUGAAAAAGUUAGAAAGUUGUAACUGCUUUUAGGGCCUUCUUGGUCCUUAUGCAGAAAUUGCUCUUGAACAGUGUUUAUAGUUUUGGGAUGGAGGAAGUAUUAAGUUGAAGAAAAGAUGUUUAUAAAUGAAAAUAAUAGAUUUCUGAAUAAUAAUGUAACAAAUUAUGUAUUUUAUAGAGGGAGAAUUGAAUGUAUCUAACUUCACAUUGAACUUUGUUUAUAAGGCAUUUACUAGUAAUAAAAAAGUCUAGUGAUGU